AUGACGACCUUAUCUCGGCCUUUCCCGACACUGUCGGUCACAGUGGCCGAUGAUGAUAUGGAGAUUUCCUCCGAGCGAGGUCACGCAGAGUCAGAUAUCGAGAUUGAUUUCGACCUCACUGGUGAACAAGAUGACGACUACAUGCUUGAAGACAUAAGAUCUCCAGCCGCACAAGCAAUAAACCAGCCUGGUAUACAGACCAGCAACGACGAUAUCAUGGUUGAUGAAGACGCACAAGUAGAGGAUGGCACCAUGCGUGACGACAUAACGGUGCCGGACGAACACCUUACUGACGUCGGCGAGCUCAUGCACGAUGACACCGUCAUCAGUGACAUCCAACAGUUUGCUGGAGCCGAAGUUUCUGAAGUUCCGGAAAUCGUCAUCCAAAGCGAUCAAGUAGAUGACCAAGCUAAUGAAGAGAUUUCUUGGCGGCCAGAACCUGUUCGCACUCUAACUCAAGACGCUGCAAGCUAUUCCAAUGGAAGCACAUCAAGCACAGCCAAUGUUGUCAGAGACGAUGCUAUCCAGAACGAUGAUUCUGUGAAGCGUGCAGGUGUUGAUGUAGAGGAGCACCCACUGGACGAAGCACCGCUCGUACUGGAAGAAGAUCAAGUGGAGACGCCUGCGGUUGAGCUCGCUGGUGUGACUGAUGACAGUGACAAAGCGUAUCAUGUCGACGAUACUGCUGCGUCAGUCCGAGGAGAGGUAGUCGGAGCGGUCGAGCCGGACACUCAUCAAGGUGAGAAUCAACCCGAUGAGGAACAUCUAGAGACCGGCCGCGAGGUCAACGGGGAGGCCAGCGGGGCGGCCAGCGGCCAUGACCACCAUGACGGCACCCAGUCUUCGUCUGAUCGUCCGCAUCCCGUAAUCGUGGUCUAUCAAGGCAGUGAGAUAUCAUUAUUUCCGCCCAGUGAACAAGACGCGUCCGAAACAUUCUUCCUCCAAGAUGAGUCUCUGGCUCAUAGAUCGAUAUAUGAACUGUUGCAUGCGUGCAGACAGGUUCUAGGUGAGACUAUACACGAAGCAGACGAACUGGAGAUCAACAUAGCCGAACUUGGGCUAUGUAUCAGUGAGGAUUGUUCACCCGCCUCCCACGUCUCUUUUUCUCAAAUUCUUGACGUCUAUGUGCAACUGCAAAAACACGACGGCAUUCAAGAACCUGACCCACUUUACAUCACCCUGACUGCCAAGACUAGGUUCACGACUCGUUUAGGCGCUUUACUCCAAGCAGCCACAGAAGGACGUGGACUGCUGAGCCUGGACAUACCCCGUGAUGCCAAUUACCAAGACCCCUAUAUUGAUGUAGAUUCUAGCGCAGACGAUGAUGAGGACAACCUCGAUCAGCAGCAGGACCAGACUUAUGAACACCAUCCCGAGGAUCCAGACCCCCAUCCGGACAACAUGGAGCAAGCGACCCACGACUCAACUACCGACGCGGCUUUGGCGCCGCAAACUACUGCUGAACAGGCGGAACCCGAGCGAUCUGACUUUGCGCCUCCGUCGACUACAGUCACCGAGCCUCUCAGCGACCAAAGCCCUCAUGAAGACAGCACUCAUACGGAACGCGAGUCAACCGCCCACCCAACAGAUAGCGCUGAGCCAUCUCAGAACGGGGUAGCGAACGCGACGGAUGGUCAAGACGGCGAUCUGAUCGAUUAUGCCGAUGGCGAGGAUGCAGAGGAUGGGGCCAGUGGCGAGUCAGCCGGUUCAUCUACGCUCCGCGGCGAUACAUCCCCAAAGGAAGGUGGUCAGUAUACACUGAACGACGACUUCGAUGAUACACUCACCGACGAUGCAGACGGAGCCGCGACUGGGACCCAUGAUCCGCCGCAACCGACCUCGCAUCCCGCUGUUGGCGAAGAACAGAUCGGCGACGAAGCAACCGUGACGACUGACGCUCAUGACGAAGAAUCUGAAGCGGGUGACGUGGAUGAAGUCACUUUUCAAGACUGGCACGACGAUCAUGCAACCCUGGACGAUGAUGUGACAUUUCAGGAUGACUUCGAGGCUUACGAUGACGGAACCGAGUUGGACCAAGAGGCCGCCGACGGUGCAGUUGAAGAGGCUGAUGUUGAGACGCUCGUGAACGAACAAGACGCAACUAGCAAGGAGAUAUCGCACUCAGAAGCCGUUGAUACCCUCGCUGCUGAUAGUCGCGAAGACGCUCAGCCCGAGCUUACCGGCAACUCAGCUCUCGACGCUCAGCAAUAUGUUCAUCAACACCUUGUAACUGGUGACGAACCGAAUCCGCUUGAUGAGUUUGACUACGCCACCGGAGAGGAUCCCGACUACUUCAUCUUUGAUGACUUUCCGGAAGACGAUCCCUUGGCCGACCCGGAGAUUGACGCCUCAGCUUCGGCGGAGAAAGAUGGGUCCGGUGUUCCUCUGGCAGCAAAGGAUAAUGGCUACGACUCUGAUGCCAUCGACUACGAUGACGAGGAUGACGAGCUCACCACGCCUGUUGAACCUGCCGCACGAGACAUCUCAGAUCGCUCGAAAGGCUCACCGCUUGGGAAGCGCUCGAGAGAAGACGAUGAGAGUGGAGCGGUCGACAUCGAUGAUCAGAGUCAGUAUCACUUUGAGGAGGGCCUUCCCGCUUAUGCUGACGGUCUUCCAGCUGCCAAGCGCGUCCGGUCAGGAUGA